CAGUGGCUGGAUCUCAUUGCAAGGGAUGCUCAUCUCAGCAGCACAAGGGACCUGGCAUGGCCACAGCCUCAGCUGCACCAGCCCAGUGCUGUAGGGCUGGCAGUUCCUCUGCUGAAGUGUGGCUGAUGGCCUCCAACUGCGAAGUCACACAUGGGAAGGCUAGAGGUUGAAAGGUCAAAGCACAGAGCCAUGUUGCUCUGAUUUUACUAGAAUAAAAGGAUGGCAUUUCAAAUAAAUGGGAAUAAAAAUAAAAUGUGGUGGUUCUGGGCAAAGCCUCAUUCACAGUUCCCUUUGAAAGAUUUCCUCAGACUUCUCUGGAGCUUGGAUCAGUCCCGGAUCACAUUUCUUCUGAGGACUUGAGAGUUGUUUCUAUAUACUCCAUUUAAAUCCCAAGGUGUUCCUUUAGAGUAAGCAAAGAUUAAAAGGUAUUCAUAAUAAUUAACUAUUUUUCUAAUUUACAAAGUGUCUAAACAGAAACAUUCAAUGACUAGACUGCGAAUAACUGAUGCAGAACUAACACUCCAUCGGCUUUUUCCUCACAAGGCUGUCUUUCCUGGCCCCUUGCUUUCCCCCCCGAGAAACUGGUCUGUGGCUGUUGUCUAGCUUGCCUUCAGUCCCCAUGUGGAGGCUGAGGGAAGGUUGGGCAGGACACCCAAGACCUGUGACAAUGAUGAGAACAGUAAGGCACAGGACAUGGUCCUCAAGGAUGAGGAGAGCACUGGCGACUAGGGACCUAGGAGUGGGAAGGGACAAGCUUUAGUACACCACUGAAUUGUGGCACCAACAUCCCAUGCUGCAGGCUGAUUGCAUGCACAGCACAGGAGAACACUGGCUUGAGCACUGCCAGCCUCCUGCUCACUCCUCUCCCACCCCUGGAGAGCUGUAUCUUCUGUGUAAAGUGAGGGAGAAGCAGGUUUUACAGGAUUCCUGUUAAAUCCAGCUGAGACUUUGUCAAGCACACAGAGGCUGGCAGAUAGCUACUCUCCCCCGUUCUCCUCCCUGCUGUCCCCAUCUCUCCUGGGCUGAAGCAGUGGUAGUUGGUCCCAUCAUCCCUUCUGUUUUCUUUGGCUGGUGUCAGUUUUCAGCAAAGCCACUGGUAACGUCAUGCACCAGUCAGGAAGUUGCACCUAGCUGAUCCCCAGGGGCUGUGGCACCUUUGUGUUGCCUGCAGCUUGUCCAAGGGUACAGGGAGCUGGGUCUGGCUUUCACAGGCUGGAGCACACUGAAGACUGUUCCUGCCAAGGUGAGGACUGCUCCACUCUGCAGCCACAGGACAAAUGGAUGGAUGCAUGCUGCAAUCAGCCCUUUCAGGAUCUCCCUCCAGAGUGGGAGCAGGGGCAAGGGCACCUGCCCAGAAACCUCCAUGCAGUGGGGCUGGCUGUGGUAGGGGGCAAGCGGCUGGCUAGGCAUGAAGCAAGCUGGAAAAUACUGAGUGGCACAGCUAUGCCUCAUGUCAAUCACUUGGUCUUGUUAAUCUGGCAGUGGCUGGGAACUGCAUCCCAGGAGCUUUCUUGAGGUUAUGUGAUGCUUUUAUCAGUUAACUGAUAUGUGUUGAGGUAAGCCAUGUUGUUAUACCUGUAAAAUUCAUCCUGUGUCUGCUAGAAACCACCAGUAUUCAAGGCAGAGGUAAUAUGAACUAAGCAUGAUGCAUACUUAAAGUGUAGCAAAAAGAACUGUUCCUAGAGGUACUCUCUUGCUCUGAGACAGCUUGAAUCCCAGCUGAAUCCCAGCUUUUCUUUCCCGAUGAAUUCAUACCCAGCAUUGGCAUUACUGGGAAAAAUCCUCUGCCCCCGAAUACGUUCUUUGUAUUGUUACUGAGUCAAAAGCCAGUGACAGCAACAACAGCAAUCUGAAGGGAGAAGCAAUGAUUUUGUUAGUGCAGCAUUUUUGUGCUCUUGUAAGAAGCUGCCACUAAAAUAGCCGUAAUUUCUAUUUUGUAAAUGGUGACCACUUUGUUGCUAGGAUUCCUUGGCACUGAAAAUGGAAUUGCACAGCUUUCCUUGGAGCAGCGUGUGGAAGUGUCACCCAUGGAUGUGUCUAGGGCCAAAUUCUUCAUGACACUCACAUAUGUACCCUUGCAUUUCAGUGAGUGGCUUUCCCAUCCUGCUGCAAUGAGCAGCAUAUAUAUUCUCUGGGAUCCAAAUGUCUUUACUUCCUGGGAUUUCCUUUAUUUCUGCUUGAAGAACUCAGGAGUAUCCUGCAAGAGCUAAUGCUGAAUCUGACAUUUAAGAGGACUGGAGGCUCCUUCCGUCCUGACCUCUUCUUUCCUCUCUUCAGAUGCUGGCUAGAAUUUCUAAGGAUGAAUGUUGUGAAAUAACACACUGUCUUUGUAUAAUAUUUCAGGGGUGGCAUCUGAAGUUCAGGUGGAUCAGCAAUAUUUGUGUCUUUUCAUAGUUUUGACUUGACGCACCUUCCUACCCUGAGGUGUUUCCCUGACAGCUCCACUGAUGGAAGGAGGAGAUUAAAUCUCUGCAUGGAUUAAAAUGAGAAACCCGGUGAUCCCUGCUCACCACAGGAGGGCAGUUGCCAAAGUGAACGUCUGAGCCAGUGACGCUACAAACAUGUGGAUUGCAUGCAGCAACGCCCCGUGAAACAGUCCCUGAGUGCUUGCAUGUGCCGAGAAUCCCACUGGAAAUGCCUCCUCCUCUCCAUCCUCAUGUAUGGCUGCCUGGGUGCAGUGGCCUGGUGUCAGCUGGCCCGAGUCACCAAGCUCAGCUUCGAUAGCUCCUUCAAGGGCAAGUCCAUGAUCUACCAUGACAGCCCAUGCUCAGAUGGCUAUGUCUAUAUCCCACUGGCCUUCCUCUCUAUGCUCUAUGUGGUGUACCUGGUGGAGUGCUGGCACUGCCACGUGAAGAGAGAGCUGCAGUACAAGGCAGAUGUGGACAGUGUCUAUGAAUGCAUCAGCCGCAUGCAGCAAGCCACUCCAUGCAUCUGGUGGAAGGCCAUCAGCUACCACUUUGUACGGCGAACCCGGCAGGUGACCCGGUACCGCAAUGGUGACGCCUACACCACCACACAGGUCUACCAUGAGAGGGUCAACACACACGUGGCUGAAGCUGAAUUUGACUACUCUCACUGUGGAUACAAGGACAUCUCCAAGGAACUCCUGGGCUUGGAGAGCCAUACAGCCACCAAGCUGAGGUUCACCAAGUGCUUCAGCUUUGCCAACAUUGAGUCUGAGAACUCUUACCUGACUCAGAGAGCUCACUUCUUCACAGAGAUCGAGGGGCUGGAUGACUACAUGGAGGUGAGGGAAGGCAUGCAGCUUAAAAAUGUGGAUUUUAAAGAGCUUAUGAUGGCCUAUGGAGACCCGGAUCACCUCCCGUGGUAUGUGUCCCACUAUGCUUUCUGGGUGGCAGCUAUCCUGAUGAUCUCGUGGCCGCUCAGGGUACUCAUAGAGUAUCGGACUGCUUAUGUCCACUACCAUGUGGAGAAGCUGCUGGGCCUGGAGUAUACGACGCCCAGCACGGCAGAGGAGCCCUUGUACCGGUACCGCAUGCCCCGAGACACCACGCAGGACAGCACCGAGCUGGAGUGGCACAUCUGCACCAACCGGCAGCUGAUCCCUAGCUACUCGGAGGCCAUGCUCAUGGACCUGGCCAACUCCCCGACCUACAACAGCUACACAGUGCAUCGGUAUGGCGAGGCAGCCCAUGGCUGUGAACGCUGCAACCAUGCCUCCAGCACCUCCUCCAUCUUCUCACGCCAUGCUUUCCACAGCUGCAGCGGCAACUCCCGCCUCUCCCUCAACACCAGCCGCUUCUCCCUCUGCCGCAUUCAUGGCUCACACAGGACAGGCCUUUGGAGGAGCCGCAGCAGCAGCAUUGCAGAGCGGGGCUGCCAGGAUGAGCAGUGCUGCUCCUACUCUAGCCAGCUGGCUGUCAACGAAAGCCCCCCAACCUACCAUGAUGCCCGGUUCUUCCCCGUCCUGAUUGUGCACAGGCCGGAGGGGCACGAUGGACGGCACUUCUAUGUCAGGCGUUCCUCCUGUCUAGAAACCUCUCUGUGACAGGUCUCCAUGGUUACUUGGCUUCUCUGCCCCAUGACACAGAUUGCAGAGGUGCCACCGGUGGGGAGCCUACAAGCAUCAGUCUCCACAGCAGGUCAGCAGGACGAGCUUCAGCUCUUCCCCCUGCCAUUGCAAGAGGACAUAUUCACUCCGACCAACAGAUAACCUCAUUUCCAAGAGCUUGUCCCCCUCUGGCUGGUCUCCUUAAUCUUUUCUUUUGUUCCCCAUUCCUCUCACAUUUUUCGCUUCUCACCCUUUCUCUGCUUCUCGAUUCCCUGCAUCUCCUCCCAUCCCACCCACAGUCUUUUUUUACGUUUCAAUCACAUUUAACUGCUGUGGCUACUGGAAGAUUUUUAAAGCUUGUGCUUGGCCAGUACAUUUGCCCUCUUGGAUGCUUUGCAAGGUAAGAAACUCAGAUAGAGCAAGGCGCAAGGCACGUAGCCAGCCAGAGUCAACUCAGAAGGAGAAUUCAGGUCUGCAGGUGCUGAGUCACCUCCUGCAAACCCCAAACGAGGUACUUUUUUAUUAUUUUAUUUUCCCCAAACUUUUUUCCUCUUCUUCUGCCAUUCCUUCUCUCCUUUCAUCAUGUUCUCCUCCUCUUGCUUUACCUUCAUCUUCCUUUUUUUUCAGUUCUCUUAUUUCUACUUUCCAGUUUUUCUGGGGUUUUGUCAGUGAGGAUAUCUUUAAGGGUAUAACUGGACAAAAGUAAGGUUGUCAUAGCACAAAUGUCGCUGACUGCUUACACAGCCACAAAUUACUAGGCCCCUGAGAAGUGCUGAGGACUUUCUUCCAGGAGCAGUGACAUACACCAAUAAAGCAAAAUGCCCUUUGCUCACCUUGCCCUGCCUGGUUUGCAGCAGAGACGCUGCUGUGUUUCCACCUAUAGUUACCCUUGUCCAGCUCCACCCUUGUUAGCAAUCGUUGAGAGCCAUAACAUAGAUCAGUGCCCUGUUAGUGCCACUAUUUUUAGGACUGUAGGUCUGUGGUUGUUUCAUUCCUACCACCUGCUAAGUGUAGUGCAGGCUUCACAAGGGAAGAGGGACUGGAGAGGGAAAGGUAAAUAUGGUAUUAACCCUCCCACAGAGAGUCUGGAGCUGUUAGGAAGCUCUUCCACCCACAGUGUCUAUUACAGCAGUUGUCGGACUGCUCUACAUUAUCUUUCAGUUUUCUGUGUGCCCUGGGGAGGGUUUUUGGCCCACAGCCCACUGCUACCUUCCCAGGCAAGAUGCAGUGACACCCCAGCCCCAGGCAGGGAGCACAGCUGGGACCCAGCCCCACUGGCCACUCCUGCUCGGACCUCCAGGCUCUUCCCACAGGGCUUCCCCUGGAGCAGGUGUAGCACCUUCCAGAAUUAGUCCCAGCCAUUCCAAAUCCAGAAGGUGUCUGGCCCUGACAGAGCACACACUGGGCUGUGGGAUGCCCUCCAGACCUGGCCAGAGACCCUCCAAGAGCCAGAGAUUGAUCCAAGAAACUUGUGGCCACACUGAGGACCCACCAGGGACUUCCUACCUGCCAAACCUCUGUUCCAUGAGGGAUGGUCAUAUGCUGAGCAAGCUCCACACCAUUUUGUCAAGUGGCUGGUGGACAUUAUUGUCCACUCUGACUCACAGGAGAAUGCAAUACAAUUGCAAUACGGUCACUGUCAAAAACAAAGUGAUGUGUCACCCUACCUUACAAGUAGGUAAGAAACUGAGUCCCCAGAGGGACUGGCAACAAGUGCUUCCUCCCAAGUCUGUUCUGUGUGUAUCAACAUGCAAUAUGAGAUCUGGAAAGUCAUAUUAGUAUGUGUAGAUUAUAUGUAAGUCUGCAUACUUAUGGCAUUGACUGUUGCACCAUGAUAAAUACAUUUUGUUUUGGUUUGAUGA